GAAUUGGGAUCGGGAUGUUGCGGGUUAUAGACGGGAUGGGACGGGACGGGACGGGCCCGGCAUUCCUGCGGGGUCUCCGCGCUCCCGGAGCUGCCUGUUUCUCUCUAUGCUCGGGCAGUGCUGGCUGUGCCCUCCUGGGCGCUCCCUGGGCAGCGGCCAUGAUCGCCUUCAUGAACAACUCGGACAGCGAGGAGGAGCCGUGCAAUGAGAGAACGUCCCUCAUGUCUGCUGAGAGCCCUCCUGUCCCCUCCUACCAGGAUGGCCUGCCAGCCUCAGAGGCAGGGGAAGCACAGGCACACAGGAAGAGGCGAGCAGGCAGCAGCCGUGGCCCAAACAACAUCGCUGGUGGAGAAAUGUCUGGCUCGGGUGUUCCAGUGAGAGAAAGCAUCCUGGAAAAUGAAGAGGAGGAACUGACUCUGAAAUAUGGAGCAAAGCAUGUAAUCAUGCUCUUUGUGCCUGUCACCCUGUGUAUGAUUGUUGUCGUCGCCACCAUCAAGUCAGUGCGCUUCUACACGGAGAAAAACGGGCAGCUGAUCUACACCCCUUUCAGUGAGGACACCCCAUCUGUGGGGCAGCGUCUCUUGAACUCGGUGUUGAACACCAUUGUAAUGAUCAGUGUCAUCAUUGUCAUGACUGUGUUCCUGGUGCUGCUCUAUAAAUAUCGCUGCUACAAGUUCAUCCAUGGCUGGCUGAUCCUGUCCUCCCUGAUGCUGCUCUUCCUCUUUACCUACAUUUACCUCGGGGAAGUAUUGAAGACUUACAACGUGGCCAUGGAUUACCCCACUCUGUUCAUAGUCAUCUGGAAUUUUGGAGCUGUUGGAAUGAUUUGCAUCCACUGGAAAGGUCCCUUGCAGCUCCAGCAAGCUUAUCUCAUUAUGAUCAGUGCUCUGAUGGCACUGGUGUUCAUUAAAUAUCUACCUGAGUGGUCAGCAUGGGUGAUCCUGGGUGCAAUCUCCAUCUAUGAUCUGAUGGCUGUUCUCUGUCCCAAGGGGCCACUGAGAAUGUUGGUAGAAACUGCACAGGAGAGAAAUGAGCCCAUUUUCCCUGCAUUAAUAUAUUCCUCUGCUAUGAUGUGGACAGUUGGAAUGGCAAAGCCAGACACAGCAGCAAGAGGAGCAAGUCAGCAGACAUGGGAUGCAGCUGAGGAUGGCAGAGAACAGCUCAGGAGCCCUGCUCAUGCAGAGUCCCAGAUGUCAGACACGAGAGGUCCUGUUCCAACCCGCCCUGUCACUUUAGAGGAGCUCGAGGAGGAGGAAAGGGGUGUGAAGCUGGGCCUUGGAGACUUCAUAUUUUACAGCGUGCUUGUUGGGAAAGCAGCUGCCACAGCUAGUGGGGACUGGAAUACCACACUGGCCUGCUUUGUAGCCAUUCUCAUAGGUUUAUGCCUAACACUUUUAUUACUGGCUGUUUUUAAGAAAGCACUGCCUGCUCUCCCCAUCUCCAUCACCUUUGGCUUGAUCUUCUACUUCUCGACAGACAACCUCGUGCGACCCUUCAUGGACACCCUGGCCUCCCACCAGCUGUACAUUUAGAAGAAGUGAGAGUUAGAGGAUUCUUUUUCAAGCUUUGCUGUGAAGUAUGGUACAAUGUUUGGAAUAGGUCAUAAAGUUUUUACACUUAGUGCCAUAUAUUUGUAAGGAAAACACUAAUUCCUUGAUAUGCCGUGUACUAAAAAUCCAAUAGUUACAUGUUGAACUGAGAUUUUUCACAGGACUCUUGGUGAAAAGCCUGGCUCCUUGCUGAUGUCAGAGUGUUACUUUUAUUUUAUUUGAUGUGCACAGUGGCUGUUGUGAGCACAGAAACCUGUAUGUGGCACGGAGCACUGCAGAGGUGAGGGGUCUGAUCUUCCAGGAGCUAAGUAAGGUGUUCUAGCCCUGGAACUCCAGUCAUCUUUUACCACAGUCUAGAAUUUCCAAGUUUUCACUUAGAACUUCUAAAUCUACACUUCUGAAGUGUUGUGCAAACAUGAGGUGCAAGUGAUUGGAAAAGCCCAGCUGGGAGCAGGCACAGAGCAGUGUGUGAGCCAUUAGAGAAGUGAGGCUGAACUCUGCUGUGCAGCUGAAAUUGCCCCAAAGGCCCAUUUCUCCUGACCUCAGUUAGACAUGGUGAGCCAGGAGGGAUUGAGACAGGAUCCCCAGGAGGGACUGAGGCAGGAUAUCAGUGCUGGGAUGGUGGAACAUCAGGCUCCUGAUGCUCUCUGAGCACAUCCACCAGUGCAGCAAGCAGCUGAUGGAGGCAGGGCUGCCCCUUGCAGCACGUCAGAUCCUCAGCGUGCAGAAACAGAUUCUGCUCUCUCCUCCCAACAUUUUGUUUUUUAGGAAAUAUUUUUCUGGGUCAUUGCUACAAUCCUGAAGUGACCCUAAGGUGGAAAUGACUAAACAACUCCAGUAAAUCAGACCUGUAACUUA